GGCGUCCUGGAGCCCCGGGAGCGGCGCGCGCGGCCCCGGCCCCGCGCUCUCCCGGCCCCGCGCUGCACAUUCUCUCCUGGCGGCGGCGCCACCUGCAGUAGCGUUCGCCCGAACAUGGCGACACGGAGCAGCAGGAGGGAGUCGCGACUCCCUUUCCUAUUCACCCUGGUCGCGCUGCUGCCGCCCGGGGCUCUCUGCGAGGACUGGACUCGGAGACUGCACGGCGGCCGCGCGCCUUUGCCCCAGGACCGGGGCUUCUUCGUGGUGCAGGGCGACCCGCGCGAGCUGCGGCUGGGGGCGCAAGGGGAUGCCAGGGGGGCGAGCCCGGCGGAGCAGACGCCGCUCCGGACGCGACGGAGCGCUGCCCUGCAGCCCCAGCCCAUCAAGGUGUACGGACAGGUCAGCCUGAAUGACUCCCACAAUCAGAUGGUGGUACACUGGGCUGGAGAGAAAAGCAACGUCAUUGUGGCCUUGGCCCGGGACAGCCUGGCAUUGGCGAGGCCCAAGAGCAGUGAUGUGUACGUGUCCUAUGACUAUGGGAAGUCAUUCAAUAGGAUUUCAGAGAAGUUGAACUUCGGCGUAGGAAAUACCAGUGAAGCUGUGAUCGCUCAGUUCUACCACAGUCCUGCGGACAACAAGCGGUACAUCUUUGCGGAUGCUUAUGCCCAGUACCUCUGGAUCACAUUUGACUUUUGCAAUACCAUUCAUGGCUUCCCCAUCCCAUUCCGGGCUGCUGAUCUCCUCCUCCACAGUAAAGCGUCCAACCUUCUUCUGGGCUUUGACAGAUCUCAUCCUAACAAGCAGCUAUGGAAGUCUGAUGAUUUUGGCCAGACCUGGAUCAUGAUUCAGGAGCACGUGAAGUCCUUUUCUUGGGGAAUUGAUCCCUAUGACAAACCGAACACCAUCUAUAUUGAACGACAUGAGCCCUCUGGCUAUUCCACAGUUUUCAGAAGUACAGACUUCUUCCAAUCCCGGGAAAACCAGGAAGUCAUCCUCGAAGAAGUGAGAGACUUUCAGCUUCGGGACAAGUACAUGUUUGCUACAAAGGUGGUGCAUCUGCUGGGCAAUCACCAGCAGUCUUCUGUCCAGCUCUGGGUCUCCUUUGGCCGAAAGCCCAUGCGGGCAGCCCAGUUUGUCACAAGACAUCCUAUUAAUGAAUAUUACAUCGCAGAUGCCUCGGAGGACCAGGUCUUUGUAUGUGUCAGUCACAGUAACAAUCGCACCAAUUUAUAUAUCUCAGAGGCAGAGGGGCUGAAGUUCUCUCUGUCCUUGGAGAACGUGCUGUAUUACAGCCCGGGAGGUGCCGGCAGUGACACACUAGUGAGGUAUUUUGCAAAUGAGCCGUUUGCAGACUUCCAUCGUGUUGAAGGGUUACAAGGGGUCUACAUUGCUACUCUGAUCAAUGGUUCCAUGAAUGAGGAGAACAUGAGAUCGGUCAUCACCUUUGACAAGGGAGGAACUUGGGAAUUUAUCCAAGCUCCAGCUUUCACAGAAUAUGGAGAGAAAAUCAAUUGUGAGCUUUCCCAGGGCUGUUCCCUGCACCUGGCCCAGCGUCUGAGUCAGCUGCUCAACCUCCAGCUGCGGAGGAUGCCCAUCUUGUCCAAGGAGUCAGCCCCUGGGCUCAUCAUUGCCACAGGCUCAGUGGGAAAAAACCUGGCAAGCAAGACCAACGUGUACAUCUCUAGCAGUGCGGGAGCCAGGUGGCGAGAGGCACUUCCUGGACCUCACUACUACACAUGGGGAGACCACGGUGGCGUCAUCGUGGCCAUCGCCCAGGGCAUGGAGACCAAUGAGCUGAAAUACAGUACCAACGAAGGGGAGACCUGGAAGACAUUCAUCUUCUCUGAGAAGCCCGUGUUUGUGUAUGGGCUCCUCACAGAACCUGGGGAGAAGAGCACCGUCUUCACUAUUUUUGGGUCCAACAAGGAAAAUGUCCACAGCUGGCUCAUCCUGCAGGUCAAUGCCACUGAUUCCUUGGGGGUUCCCUGCACAGAGAAUGACUACAAGCUCUGGUCCCCUUCUGAUGAGCGGGGCAAUGAGUGUUUGCUGGGACACAAGACUGUUUUCAAACGGAGGACCCCUCAUGCAACGUGCUUUAAUGGAGAAGACUUUGAUAGGCCGGUGGUCGUGUCUAAUUGCUCCUGCACCCGAGAGGACUAUGAGUGUGACUUUGGCUUCAAGAUGAGUGAAGAUUUGUCCUUGGAAGUGUGUGUUCCAGACCCGGAAUUUUCUGGGAAGCCAUAUUCCCCUCCUGUGCCUUGCCCCGUGGGUUCUACUUACAGGAGAACGAGAGGAUACCGGAAGAUUUCUGGGGAUACUUGCAGUGGAGGAGAUGUCGAGGCACGACUGGAAGGUGAACUGGUUCCUUGUCCACUGGCAGACCAUGUGACAAUGGGGUUGAGGCUGCGUCUCUGUUUGAAUGGGAGUACUGGGCAAGAAGUGAUCAUCAGUUCCGGCCUGGAGACUGUAGAAGCUUUGGCCUUUGAGCCCCUCAGCCAGCUGCUCUACUGGGUGGAUGCAGGAUUUAAAAAGAUUGAGGUAGCUAAUCCAGAUGGUGACUUCCGGCUCACAAUCGUCAAUUCCUCUGUGCUCGAUCGGCCCAGGGCCCUGGUCCUUGUGCCCCAAGAAGGGGUGAUGUUCUGGACUGACUGGGGAGACCUGAAGCCUGGAAUUUAUCGGAGCAGUAUGGAUGGUUCUUCUGUGCAUCGUCUUGUGUCAGAGGAUGUGAAGUGGCCCAAUGGCAUUGCAGUGGAUGACCAGUGGAUCUACUGGACAGACGCCUACCUGGACUGCAUCGAGCGCAUCACCUUCAGUGGGCAGCAGCGCUCAGUCAUUCUGGAUAACCUUCCCCACCCCUAUGCCAUUGCUGUCUUUAAGAAUGAAAUCUACUGGGAUGACUGGUCCCAGCUCAGCAUAUUCCGAGCUUCCAAAUACAGCGGGUCCCAGAUGGAGAUUUUGGCCAGCCAGCUCACAGGGCUGAUGGACCUGAAGAUUUUCUACAAGGGGAAAAACACUGGAAGCAAUGCCUGUGUGCCCAACCCAUGCAGCCUUCUCUGCCUGCCCAAAGCCAACAACAGCAAAAGCUGCAGGUGUCCAGAGGGUGUGGCCAGCAGUAUCCUCCCUUCUGGGGACCUAUUGUGUGACUGUCCUCAGGGCUACCAGCUGAAGAACAAUACCUGUGUCAAAGAAGAGAACACCUGUCUUCGCAACCAGUAUCGCUGCAGCAAUGGGAACUGUAUAAACAGCAUUUGGUUGUGCGACUUUGACAAUGACUGUGGGGACAUGAGCGAUGAGAGGAACUGCCCCACCACCAUCUGUGAUCUGGACACCCAGUUCCGCUGCCAGGAGUCUGGGACUUGCCUCCCUCUCUCCUACAAAUGUGACCUGGAGGAUGACUGUGGAGACAACAGUGAUGAAAGUCACUGUGAAAUGCACCAGUGCCGAAGUGAUGAGUACAAUUGCAGCUCGGGCAUGUGCAUCCGCUCCUCCUGGGUGUGUGACGGGGACAACGAUUGCAGGGACUGGUCUGACGAAGCCAACUGUUCCGCCAUCUAUCACACCUGUGAGGCCUCCAACUUCCAGUGCCACAAUGGGCACUGCAUACCCCAGCGGUGGGCAUGCGAUGGUGACACAGACUGCCAAGAUGGUUCUGAUGAAGAUCCUGUCAGCUGUGAGAAGAAGUGCAAUGGGCUCCGCUGCCCCAAUGGCACAUGCAUCCCGUCCAGCAAGCACUGCGAUGGUCUACGGGAUUGCUCUGAUGGCUCGGACGAGCAGCACUGUGAGCCCCUCUGUACACGCUUCAUGGACUUCGUGUGUAAGAACCGCCAGCAGUGUCUGUACCCCUCCAUGGUGUGUGAUGGGAUCAUUCAGUGCCGGGACGGGUCGGACGAGGAUCCUGCCUUUGCUGGAUGCUCCCACGACCCCGAAUUCCACAAGGUGUGUGAUGAAUUUGGAUUCCAAUGUCAGAAUGGAGUGUGUAUCAGUUUGAUCUGGAAAUGUGAUAGCUUGGAUGACUGUGGAGAUUAUUCUGACGAAGCCAACUGUGAAAACCCCACGGAAGCUCCAAACUGCUCCCGCUACUUCCAGUUCCGGUGUGAGAACGGCCACUGCAUCCCCAACAGGUGGAAGUGUGACAGGGAGAAUGACUGUGGAGAUUGGUCUGACGAAAAGGACUGUGGAGAUUCACCUGUGCUUCCCUCCCCCACCCCUGGGCCCUCCACGUGUCUGCCCAAUUACUUCCGCUGCAGCAGUGGCCCCUGCGUGAUGGACACCUGGGUGUGCGACGGGUACCGGGACUGUGCGGAUGGCUCGGAUGAAGAAGCCUGCCCCUCGCUCGCCAAUGUGACUGCCCCCUCCACUCCAAGCCAGGUUGGGCGCUGUGACCGAUUUGAGUUCGAGUGCCACCAGCCAAAGAAGUGCAUCCCCAACUGGAAGCGCUGCGAUGGCCAUGAGGAUUGCCAAGGUGGCCAGGACGAGGCCAACUGCCCCACACACAGCACCUUGACCUGUAUGAGCAGGGAGUUCAAGUGUGAGGACGGGGAGGCCUGCAUUGUGCUCUCGGAGCGCUGCGACGGCUUCCUGGACUGCACGGAUGAGAGCGACGAGAAGGCCUGCAGCGAUGAGUUAACUGUAUAUAAAGUACAAAAUCUUCAGUGGACGGCUGACUUCUCUGGGGAUGUAACUUUGACCUGGAUGCGGCCAAAAAAGAUGCCCUCUACUUCUUGUGUGUAUAACGUCUACUACAGAGUGGUUGGAGAGAGCAUAUGGAAGACUCUGGAGACUCACAGCAAUAAAACAAACACUGUUUUAAAAGUCUUGAAACCAGACACCACAUACCAGGUUAAAGUACAGGUUCAGUGCCUGAGCAAGGCACACAACACCAAUGACUUUGUCACUCUGAGGACUCCAGAAGGGUUGCCAGACGCCCCUCGAAAUCUGCAGCUGUCGCUUCACAGGGAAGCAGAAGGUGUGAUUACUGGACACUGGACUGCUCCCGCCCACGCCCACGGUCUCAUUCGUGAGUACAUUGUAGAAUAUAGCAGGAGUGGUUCCAAGGUGUGGGCAUCCCAGAGGGCUGCUAGUAAUGCAACAGAAAUAAGGAACUUACUGGUCAACACUCUCUACACUGUCAGAGUGGCUGCGGUGACUAGUCGUGGAAUAGGAAACUGGAGCGAUUCUAAGUCCAUUACCACCAUAAAAGGAAAAGUGAUUCCACCACCAGAUAUCCACAUUGAUGGCUAUGAUGAAAAUUCUCUAAGCUUCACCCUGACCAUGGAUGGUGAUAUCAAGGUAAAUGGCUAUAUGGUGAACCUCUUCUGGGCAUUUGACACCCACAAACAAGAGAAGAGAACCUUGAGUUUCCGUGGGAGCACAUUGUCACACAAAGUGGACAAUCUGACAGCUCAUACCUCCUAUGAGAUUUCUGCCUGGGCCAAGACUGAUUUAGGGGAUAGUCCUCUGGCAUUUGAGCAUGUCAUGACCCGAGGAGUUCGCCCACCAGCUCCUAGCCUCAAAGCCAAAGCGGUCAACCAGACUGCAGUGGAAUGCACCUGGACCGGCCCCAAGAAUGUGGUUUAUGGUAUUUUCUAUGCCACAUCCUUUCUUGACCUCUAUCGGAACCCAAAGAGUGUAACUACUUCACUCCACAACCAGACAGUCGUUGUCAGUAAAGAUGAGCAGUAUUUGUUUCUGGUCCGGGUGUUGGUUCCCUACCAAGGGCCGUCCUCUGACUACGUUGUGGUGAAGAUGAUCCCGGACAGCAGGCUUCCACCCCGUCACCUUCACGCAGUUCACACAGGCAAAACCUCAGCAGUCAUCAAGUGGGAAUCUCCAUAUGACUCUCCUGACCAGGAUCUGUUCUAUGCAAUUGCAGUUAAAGAUCUUAUUAGAAAGACUGACCGGAGCUACAAAGUUAAAUCCCGCAACAGUACUGUGGAAUACACCAUUAGCAAGUUGGAGCCCGGAGGGAAAUACCACGUCAUUGUCCAACUAGGGAACAUGAGCAAAGAUUCCAGCAUAAAAAUUACCACAGUGUCAUUAUCAGCACCUGAUGCCUUAAAAAUUAUAACGGAAAAUGACCACGUUCUUCUGUUUUGGAAAAGUCUUGCUUUAAAGGAAAAGCAUUUUAAUGAAAGCAGGGGCUACGAGAUACACAUGUUCGAUAGUGCCAAGAAUAUCACAGCUUACCUUGGGAAUACUACUGAUAAUUUCUUUAAAAUUUCCAACCUGAAGAUAGGCCACAAUUACACCUUCACCGUCCAAGCGCGGUGCCUCUUUGGCAGCCAGAUCUGUGGGGAGCCCGCCGUCCUGCUGUUCGAUGAGCUGGGGUCUGGUGGAGACACGGCUGCAGUCCAGGCUUCCAGGUCAACCGAUGUCGCUGCUGUGGUGGUCCCCAUCUUGUUCCUGAUACUACUGAGCCUGGGGGUCGGGUUUGCCAUCCUAUACACCAAGCACCGGAGGCUGCAGAGCAGCUUUACUGCUUUUGCCAACAGCCACUACAGCUCUAGGCUGGGCUCAGCCAUCUUCUCCUCAGGAGAUGACCUGGGGGAAGAUGAUGAAGAUGCUCCGAUGAUAACUGGAUUUUCAGAUGAUGUACCCAUGGUGAUUGCCUGAAAGAGCUUUCUUCACUAGAAACCAAAUGGUGUAAAUAUUUUAUUUGAUAAAGAUAAUUGAUGGUUUAUUUUAAAAGAUGCACUUUGAGUUGCAAUAUGUUAUUUUUAUAUGGGCCAAAGACAAAAAACUAAACUAAACAAAAAAAGAAAAAAAAAAAGAAAGAAAGAAUGGAAUGAAUAAACUUUGUCGUAAUCAACUGUGAACUUUAAACCAGGUUGAUUUUAGUAACCAAAUUGCUUUGAUUUGACAUUAAUGUAGUCUUACAGGGCUGUGCUUGCUGGGCAUGCUUUUAAAUCUGUGAGAUAAUUUUGGUUCAGUAAAUUGGCCAUUCUUUUUAUUUUUCUAAGACGCAGAAAUGUAUUUAAUAAAAACUUCAAGAGAGAGAGAUGGGUAGAAUCCCUUCUCCUUGAAAGUGUGUUCAAAUUUAAAUUUUGUUUGGAUUUAGUUUACAUGAAAAUGGGGAAAGGUUCUUUUAUUAAUUUUUUUGUUAAUUUAUUGGGACUCUUUAUAAGGCCAGCCUUUUGUGGUCAUCAUGUAUGUUAUGAUCCUCUAGCCCCUAGUGGUAGGGGAUGGGGAACAGAAGCAUUUUGUUGCCAUUCCAAAAACAAUCCAUUUUAUUCACUUGUAUGUCAUAGAACAGUCUUUGGCAUAAGAAAGCUCUGAAUCAUGGCUAGAUGUUAGGUAAAUGGAGCUGCAACGCUGGAAGCCCUACAAGCCACAGCUUCCUCUUCUAUUCAUUGAUUGGGUCUUCCUGUAAAUGACUCUCCACAAGGUCUAGCUAUGAAAGCCACCCAAUGCCAACGCUGCUUUCUUAUACACUGGGAUUGCUGUCAUUGUAAAGAGUUACUCUGGUUGUAGGAGAGUUCCAGAUCUGUGCCAUGACAGAUACACUGGCAAAUGUAGUAUGUACUUUCUCCAUGUGAAAUACUUUGUUUGUUUUCACUACCACUAAAGACUGUCAAAUGUAAAAUUUUAUAUUUGGGUCUAGGUGGCCACUGAGCUGUCCUUAAAAAUUCACGCUGAUAUAUGCAGGCAUUUUGAAUUGGGUCAGUGCCUUCUCUCUCUUGCUUUUUUCUUCCAUGUCCCUCAGCCAUGCCCCACCCAAUCUACUGAGAAACUGCUGCACACAUUUACAGAGACAGAGGCCCUCUGCGUUUGGUCACUUCUUUCGGUCCACAGCAGCAGCAACAUUACAGUUUAUUCACCAUGAAACAAUCUAUUCUUUUCCUCCUCUGCGUUACAGUGUCAUCCCUACAUUCAAAUCAUGGUCACUUGAAAGUUGCAUGGAAUCCGUUGUGGACUGUCGCCCCUCCUGUGGACUUAGUGUUGGCAUUGAUGUCUAUCCAGCAUUGUUGUCACUUGAAGUGUAUGAACAGCCUCAGUGCAGAUUUUCCUCCCAGCUGAGAUGCAGUGAACUCUAGGAAUUUUCUAAAGUCAUGCCUCCAAGUAUGGGUCUUCUUUUUUUUUUUAAAUGUAUUUGGUACGGAGUCUCACUAUGCAGCUCAGACUCGUAGUGAUCCUCCUGUUUUCAA